AUGGCCGAUGAUCUCAAGGCUGCCCUGACCUCUGAGGGGCUCCCCGAGGAUGUCAUUCAAGUUGCCAUCGAUGGUGGGUGGACGGCCUCGGCUUUCAAGAAUUCAGUUGAGACCCAAACGGAGUUGGAAGCCAUCCUGGAUGAAAUUUUUCCGGGAGUUGUUCUGACUAGACUGCAAAAAUCGCAGAUUCGUGCGGUUUGGGCCAGCAUGCAAGCACCAGCAGCAUCAAUUUCUCCCUCGACGACGGUCGCAUCCUCGGCUGCUGACGGGAGCUGGGUUGAAAGCUUUGCUCCAAAGAUGUCAUCAUCUAAGUUGUCUGAGCUGAAGCAGCAGUUUCUCAGAUCCUAUCCGAGUGAGAUUCUUACGCCAUCAACACUGCCAUCAAUGCGGCUGUCAUCAUUGGCAGCUCACCAGGAAGCUAAACAUGAGUACAAGUGGAUACCAUGGAAGCUUCGCAUGUCAGAUGAGAGGGCCUCCGAGUUGCUCAUCUCCCGCCCAGCCAAACAGCCCCGGUUGGAAAUGUUAGGAUUGCCCAGUCUCAUUCUGGACGAACCACCAUCCAUCGAGAUUAGCGACGGCACCAUGGGGGUUAGCGGUGUGCAACGGAUCCUUGCCGUGCAUGAUACGGCCCUGGCUAUGGUUGGUUCAGCCCAUCUUGCACGCCUCAAGGCUUAUAGCUCUAAGUUUGUGCAUCUGCUGUCACAGCGCUUUGAUCCCGCAUCCGGCCUUCGGCCACCUAGCAUAUCGGAGGCUCAGCAGGCCGACUGUAGGAUGUGGCAAUGUAUUUAUGCGUUGGGCAGUGACAAAGGUUGGACACUGAACGAUGCGCUCCAUGAGUAUACGGAGGUCCGAGGUGAGUUGAGUACUCUGUUGCAGGCUCGCCCCAAACCCGCACAGGUGAAAGGGGGGGAAACCAAGGGCAAGGGCAAGUUGGGUAAGCUGAUGGCCACUGCAUUUGCUUCAGGCGGAGGCAAGAACACUGGCAAGGGUAAGGGUAAGGAGAAAGGUCCAGGGGCUGGUAAAGGCAGGGAUGCAAAUGCGCCCGGUCGCCACAUCAGCUUUGUGAAGGAGAUCCAGGUGGGAUCUGAGCGCAAGGGAUUGUGUGUGCAGUGGCAAAUGGGUCGCUGCUCGCGGGGUUCGGGGUGUCCCUGGAUCCAUGCCUGUGCCUACCCGCGUCAGGACGGGAGCGCCUGUGGGAGUAAGAGCCACACGGCUCUGCAACAUGAACAAACUCCGCACUGA